UCUGGGGGCAGCCAUUUUCUUAAAGGCUGUUAAGCUUACAACUCUUUUAAGUAUUGAAAUGAGAAAUGUGGGGUGCCUUCAAGUCUAAUUAUCAACUCUCCUGCCUAGAGGUGUUUAACUCAAUGUGCCCUUCAACUUGUUUCCUUAGUCUUUAGAGAGAACUAGUGCUGAAACGAGCACAGAUGAUGUGGUUUUGGCCCUUUAAACAUGCGAUCCCAGUGGCAGGGUCUAGGAUGGAAAUCUUAGGAGCUAAACUACAUCCGUGAGCUCGAGAAUGGCAUCUUGGUUCUUUAAGGGUGCGUGCCAAGGGGCGGGGCCUAGAGCGGAAGUUGUAACAUUGCCGAAGGCCGACAGAUGAAGGGCGGAAGUAGAAUGUCUAAUCGUGCAAUCAUGGCGCUGGAAGAGGCAGAUGUUAGAGACUACAAUUUGACCGAGGAGCAGAAGGCGAUCAAGGCCAAGUAUCCGCCAGUCAAUAAGAAGUACGAAUAUUUGGAUCAUACAGCGGAUGUUCAGUUACAUGCAUGGGGAGAUACUUUGGAGGAAGCAUUUGAGCAAUGUGCAAUGGCCAUGUUUGGUUACAUGACAGAUACUGGGACUGUGGAGCCCCUCCAAACAGUAGAAGUGGAAACUCAAGGAGAUGACUUACAGUCUCUUCUGUUUCACUUUUUGGAUGAAUGGCUUUAUAAGUUCAGUGCUGAUGAAUUCUUCAUACCCCGGGAAGUGAAAGUACUUAAUAUCGAUCAAAGAAAUUUCAAAGUACGGUCAAUUGGGUGGGGAGAAGAAUUUUCAUUGUCCAAGCACCCUCAGGGAACAGAAGUCAAAGCAAUAACAUAUUCAGCAAUGCAGGUCUAUAAUGAAGAGAAGCCAGAAGUUUUUGUGAUUAUUGACAUUUAAGACACCAAAAAAGAAAAGAAAAGAAAACUACUCCUGGGAAGAACUGUUUUUUUCCUCUUCUUUUUGAGAAGAUCCUAUGAUUUAAGUUCUAUAUUUUCUUUUGAUUGAUGGAAAUUUGCAGAACGGAAGUUUUUAACUUAAAGUAUGACUUUGGGAAAUGGAAAAUCAGGGCACAGCCUUGGUCUAUGUUCCCCAAUAUUCAAACUUUAACAAAUUCUUCAGUUCUUGAGGGGCAGUUAUGGUCCUUCAUUUGUUAAUUCCCUGCUGUGGCCACAGGUGCCUCAUGCCCUUCCAGUGGGAUGCAAGCCCUCCAGCCUCUUCCUAGAAGGGACCACUGAUGUAAGCAGUAGCCUGGGACUGAAUCCAGUUCGAAAAAAGAAUAAUUUGAGAAAAUACA